CCCCGGAGCAGGAAGCUGCUGCUGGGACUGAGAAACACACAGAGAGAGGUGCUCUACAAAACAACCAGAGACUCUUCCAGCAGAAUGUAGCCCCAACACAGACAUCCAGCCCCACAACAAGCCUACAUGUCCCGCAGGGUGCAGCAGCAGCAGCCGGUCUAACAGACAUUGUUUCUCCCCCAUGAUGAAGGAGCUGCAGGGCUGCGGGAUGCGGUCCUCGGUGGGCUUUCUGUCCCGCAGAGAGCUCACCGGACAGCCGCUACUGAAGGACGAGUUCCAGAGGCGGAGGAUGGCCGGUUGCUCCAGCCUCUUCAAGAAGGACAUGCUCGGUCACUUCGGAUGCGUCAACGCCAUUGAGUUCUCCAACAACGGAGGAGAAUGGCUGGUUUCUGGAGGAGACGACCGUCGGGUUCUGCUGUGGAACAUGGAGGAAGCUCUCCACGCUCGCUCUAAACCAGUGAAGCUGAAGGGAGAACACCUGUCCAACAUCUUCUGCCUCGCCUUCGACAGCACCAACAGGAAGGUUUUCUCCGGAGGAAAUGAUGAACAGGUGAUUCUUCACGAUGUGGAAAGAAUGGAAACCAUUAACGUGUUCCUGCACAUCGACGCUGUGUACAGUCUGUCCGUCAGCCCGGUGAACGACAACGUGUUCGCCAGUUCUUCUGACGACGGACGCGUCCUCAUCUGGGACACCCGCGAGCCGCCAAGUACAGCCAAUGCAGUUGCACUUUACAAAGGCUAUUGA